AUGGUAUCCAAGAACCGUGGACGUACCGGUAUCAAGAAUUCUUCCGGCAAACAGAAAAUACGCCCUGCGCCGAAACUCAAAGUGCCGUCCGACGCAGUCGGCGCCCUUCUUACCAUUUCAUCAGCACCACAAGUGCAAACCCGAGUUCCGGUAGUCGACAUGGAGUCUCCCGGUGAGGCUUCUGGCCAAAUUUUAACUCCCCGGGCUUCAAAUCUACCUUCAAACGCCACUCCGACACAUCUUCCUUCCCCGGUAACCGAUAAUGAUACCGACCAGGACAUCGAAAUGACUCAGCCGACGGUUGAUGCUACCCCCGCAGACGAAAACACAGCUAGUGUCUGGGUUGACUCUGUUGAGGAGGGAGUCAAACAGCUCAAAAUGCUUUACUCCAUGACAAGGACAGACAAGACCCGGCCGUUUAAACCCUCGGAAAAAGAAGUAAAAAGGUACACCAAAAGCAUGCGCGCCUUCCUGCUUUUUCUUAAACAUGACGUAGAGCCAAAGCCAGAUUUUAAGGACAAGUAUAGUCUCGAUACGGCGCUCGGGUUCUAUCUGGGCCCUGGCAUGGAAUCCUUGAAGAAAGCAGCCCCAGACCUGUUGCUACUGGCUAGAGAAGUACUGGAGCAAUACAACGCCGAAGAAUGGGGUAAGGGCUUUACAGAUGACGGAGAAGAAGAAGAAAUCGAGGCAGAUGAUCUGGGUCCCGCUAUUGCGACAUCCAGCAAAAAGGGUAAACAAAGCCAUGACACCAGCUCUUCCGAUCACACAGAAGUUGUCAAACUCCCCCCCGUUUCCCAUCCAAUCUGGGGCCUCGAGGGCAUCAUGCACGGCUUGGCUCGCAAGACGACCAAGAAAGGUCGAGCUGUUUUAUUUUUGGAUCCUCGCUACCAUAACAAGAAACGCAACGCAAAGGUUUUUGGCCACAACGACCACACUCCCGGUGCUUGGUGGCCGUACCAGAAGGCUGCUCUCUUUCAUGGAGCUCACGGUGCGCCUCAGGCGGGCAUUACCGGCAACCCUAAUCUGGGAACCUACUCUAUCGUUGUAUCGGCGACCUCGGUUUACCGGGACCUGAACGAGGACAAGGGCACCGAGCUUUGGUAUAGCGCGGACAAAAGUGCAGAGAAUGCCGACCCUUUGAAACCCAAAAUCAGCAACGCGACAAGAAGUUUAGAGAAAGCGCUCGAGACGCAUAAGCCAGUGCGGGUAUUGCGACACGCAGGAACCACUUGUGAUCCCCGCCGCAGCCCCAUCUACCCUACAGUUGGCAUUCGAUAUGAUGGGCUCUACGAGGUCGUUAAUCAUAAGUUCGGUACGAACAAGAACAACGGCGUGUUCAAGCGUUUCAAACUUGUACGACUCCCGGACUCGAUGAAUGCCGGUGUCUCAUGGGCGGAGGUCCAGAGAUACCCAACCAGGGAACAACGACGGCAAUUUGACCAGACCAAGGAUGGAUACUAG